AUGAACUUGUUUAAAAAUAGAAAGGCACUAAAAAAUACCGGCUACUAUAUGACGGAAGAUUUCCCACAAAAUAUACUAGAGAAGAGGAAAGAGCUACAAGAACAGGCAAGAAUCGAAAGGGAAAAGGGAAACCUUGUAAAAAUAAAAUACGACAAGCUAGUCAUAAGUAAAAGAAACAAAACAGCUGUAAAUAACAAAAGAAUGCUUUCAACUUCACCUGACAACCAAACCAUAAAAGGAGCCGAAACAAUUACACAGACUUACAAGAAAAAUAAAUCACAAACACUAAUAAGAAGAACUUCAAGGCUAUCAGAAGAGCUAAACGAAGCUCUCAAAGAAAUUAAAUAUGACAUAUUAGGAUUAGCUGAAACAAGGUGCCUAGGAAACAAAAUUGAAGAGCAUGAAAACUUUAUUUUCUGCUAUACAGGCCACACACCUGGAAGACAUGGCAUAGGUUUUAUAGUAAAAUACCAUCUUAAAAAUAAUAUAGAAGGAUACCUCGGUCUUUCUGAAAGAGUAGCUAUAUUGAACCUGAAAUUCGAGUAUACCAGCUUAUCCAUCAUUCAAGUCUACGCCCCUACUGCACAAGCAAGCGAUGAUGAAAUCGAUAGCUUUUAUGCGACAGUAAACAGGGCAAUAGAACUAGCACACAAAGACUUCAUACUGAUGGGGGACCUAAAUGCUAAAAUUGGGAUACCAAAAAAUGAGGAGCAUUUGAUUAUGAAAGCACACGGAUAUGGAAUCAGAAAUGAGAGAGGACAAAGACUAAUCGAAUAUGCCAGGGAAAACAAACUGUCUAUUCUGAACACUUUCUUCAAAAAAAAAGCAAAAAAUAAAUGGACCUGGCGAUCACCGGAUGGAGCCAACAAAAAUGAAAUCUACUUUGUUCUCUCAAAUCGACCUCGUCUGUUUAAAAACAUAGAAGUACUAAACAUAAAAUACCCUUCUGAUCAUAGGCCAAUAAGAGCUACAAUAUCAUAUGACACACAUUUGAAAAAAAGCAGAACAAAGUUUACUAACUAUCAACAUAAUACACUAACAAGCGAAGAAGAUAUCACCAAGUUCAUAGAAUAUCUAAACUCCUACAUAUCGAAAGAUCAAAUGUUCGCUGAGACUACUAUCCCAGUUCAGAAGUAUUACGAUAACUUAAUCAGAAUCAUCACCUUAAGCUUGCAAAACGCCAGAGUAGCACAAAACCCAAAGAAAGGCAACAAAAUAAUUUCAGAGCGUACAUUAAAACUUUUUAAAAGAAGACAAUACCUGCAAAAAAGUUCGAACAAAACCAGAGCAACUAGAAAUGAAAUCUCGGCGCUUUACAAGCUUGUCAACAAAUAUAUAAAAAAAGACUACGACAACUACAGAUAUAAAACUAUUGAAAAACACCUAAGACAAACUGGUAGCACAAAAAAGGCAUACAAAGAGCUGAAACCAAAUAAAACUUGGAUCGAAGAGCUAAAACGAGGUGAUUUAACUAAAAACAACCGCGGCGACAUUAUAAGUAUAGCGACAGAUUUUUACAGGGAUCUUUACAACAGAAAAGAGCCAGAAGACACAGGUCACGAGAACCAAAAUAACAGCAGCAAUGAUAACAUACUAAAGAGACCUCAAAUUGAGAAAAUGACGUCAUCGAGGCAUUUAACAAACUGA